AUGGCUUCAAAGAGAUUAAAGUGGCUUGAAGGGUCUUUGAGAAAGCCUCACUUUCAGUACGUUAUGUCAGCUAACAUCACUCAUUAUCCUUACAACAAUGACUAUGGCAAGCACUUUUUAAAGAAAUUCACUGAACUGUGUGUAAAAUACGACUCAAAGAAAGUCCAAGAAACAUUUGUAUGGAAAAAGGAAAUUAUAGGUCAUAGAGAUUUGGCUAAGGUACAUACAUGCACAAUGGAGUUCAUUGAUGGGUCAAAAGAUGAAUUUGAUUAUUCGCACGUUAAGUGGGAGCAUUUCAUGAUGUGGCUUAAAGACAAGAAUGAAUAUCUCGAAGGCAAGAGAAACUUAGAAGGCUUUGAUGAUGAACCAGAUGAUGAAAUAAACUAA